GCAAAAUAUGAGGCAGGCAAUAAGGAGUGGCUGAUCUCAUUUUACCAUCCUUUAAUUACUGCAGAAAGCCUGUCAACCAUACCCGAAGUGGAAGAGCUGCACACUGAAGCACUCACCAGGAGGAAUUGAUGUGUGAUUCCAGAUGAAGGACAGGCCUUGAAAGUCAUGGGGCACUGAGUCUGAUCCCUGGAUGAAUAGCUUCCAAACUCACACGGAGGUUUCAGGAUGAUCCUUCAAGAGGGCCACAUGCACGUGCUGAGCAUAUGGGAGCCCAUUUGCUGUGUUUUCUUAAUCCAAGCUGCUGCUUGUUGCCAUCCUGGAAUGGGAGUGUUGUCUGACCUGCAGGGCAAUCAGCUGCCUCCCUUCACACAGAGCUCUGGAUUGUCCUGACACAGGCUGCAGGUGAGGCUGGGAGCGAGAGACCCACGUGUGCUGCUCCUGGAAGACCACGAGACACCUCCUCCUCUUUGGCUUUCCCCCUCUGCAGGAAAUCAGGAGAUAUUUUAGAUAUGGCCAAGCCUAAAACCUCCCAGCUUGAAUCAGCCUGUGCUCUCACCUUUCUCCUUGUUGUAAUCUGUGGGGUUGAUGCAGCUUCCUUCCAGCAGCAUCAGUUGCUUCAGAAAGAUCCAGACUAUGUGAUGAAAAACUUGCAGAGGUUCCCAAACCCUGACAUGAUCAAAGCUUUGGAAUACAUAGAAGACCUUCGUAAGCAAGCUAACAAGGGAGAAAGCAGCCCUGAUUACAGCUCUUAUCAAAGUGGCCCCUACCUCCUGCAACAGAAAGAAAGCAAAGAUCAGGUCCACCUGGCAGAUAAUGUCAGGGAUUCCCUGACUGAAGAUGAGUCCCAGUGGGUCAAGGUCAUGUUGGAAGCUCUGCGGCAAGCUGAGAAAGAGUCAAAAGUUGGCCCCAAGGAAAGCAAACCCUACGGACUGAGUCCAGACAGCAACUUCCCAGCUGGAAUAACUGAUGAUUACGAGGCUUACAAGUGGCCUGAGAGAUGGCAAAAAUACCUCAAAAUGCCACUGGGGCACUAUGAAGAGAGCUCAAGGGACAGUCCUUUCAAGCGUACGAAUGAGAUAGUGGAGGAACAGUACACACCCCAAAGCCUUGCCACGCUGGAGUCCGUGUUCCAGGAGCUGGGGAAGAUGGCAGGACCAAGUAACCACAAGAAAGAAAGAGUGGAUGAGGACCAGAAACUGUAUACAGAUGAUGAAGAUGAUGUAUAUAAAGUGAAUAACAUCGCCUACGAAGAUGUGGUCGGAGGGGAAGACUGGAAUCCCAUAGAGGAAAAAGUGGAAAGUCAAAUCCAGGAAGAGGUAAAAGAUAGCAAGGAGGAAAUCGACAAACAUGAGGAGGAGAUUGAGGAUGGAAUGAAAAGAUCAGGGAAGCUCAGCUUCCUUGAGGAUGAAAUAAGGAGAGAUAAUAAAGAUCAAAUGUCAGAGGAUGUCUCAAAGCUAAUGAAUUAUUACCUGAAGAGGCUGAUGGGCAGUGCUGCCAACAGGAAACUAAGGACUGGAGGAGAACUUGAGGAAAAAAGAGCACCCGUGCUUUUGGAUAAGCAAUUCAAUCCUCAGUCUGUAGCUCAGCUGAUAGAAAUCUCACGGAGCUUACAAAUUCCUCCCGAGGAUUUAAUAGACAUGUUGAAAGCUGGAGAAAAAAAGCAGCUUCAGAGCGAAAGGUUGGAAGCUGAGCAGGACAUGGAAUUCCCAGAAGACCUCGACGAGAUUGCUGAAACCAAUCUAGGGCAGAGCGAUCUCUUUAAAAACAAUGUCAUCUCUAAAAAUGGGUACCUGAAACAGCCCCUGAACGUUAUGCCAGAAAACCUACCCGAAGACCUCAAUAUUGAAGACAUUGUCAGCCUCCUGGGAGCCGACAGCUUCGCUAAUCAGAACCCCUCCUACUUACUGAAUCGUCUGAAUCCAGAAAACGAUCUGCCAAGACUGCCUUACGCUCCCCGGAGACUGAAAGGACGCCCGAUUCCUAAAGCUGCCUGGCUGAGUGACUUGGAAAGGAGGCAGAUGGAGUACGAGAAACUGAACGAGAAGGACGAAGAGCUGGCCGAUUACUUGGCAAAAGUGUUGGCCAAAUAUCCUGAGGUGAUCAACGUGAACCAGGUAAAAAGGGUCCCGGUUCCAGCCUCGGAAAGCGACUUGCAGGAAGCUGAGGGGCUGGAGCAAUCCCUCAGGGAGCAGCUGAGCCAGCUGGGACCACAGGAGGCAGCCAAGUUGGCCUCGCUCAGCAAAAGGCUUUCCUUGGCUGGGGAAAGCGAUGACACACAGAACAGGCAGUACCUGGAUGAGGAUAUGCUAGGAAAAGUGCUGGAGUACCUAAAACAGGAGAAGUCAGAGCUUGAAAGAGAUCACAUUACUAAACGGGCAAUGGAAAACAUGUAAUUGUUGCCCAAAUAUCAUCUCUCUUCAAUGUGUUGACUUCUAUCCCAAUUCAGUUGUGAUUUUUUUUUUUUUUUUCCCUGCUGUCCCACUAAAUGACCUUUGGUAGACUGCUUACCACUGAACAGUCUGCAUAUCUUUCUCAGAGCUGUUAUAUUGUUUCUUGGUAUAUUCUAUAUGUUAUGAAUCAUGGGGCAAGCAUCAAAUUGCUUCCAGUGUUUUAAGGAACAACUUAAUGAAAUCCAGUUAAAACUAUGAUGUGUAAACAAAUGACCUCUGCAUUGUUAAUAAAUCACGGUAAACGAAGAGUGACAAUGAUCAUGUUGAAUUUUUAAGGUUAAUUGGAUUAUUUUGUUAUUGUCUGUAGUGGUUUUUGUGGAGUACCAAAAAAAAAAAAAAAAAAAAGCAUUAUAUAUAUAGUUUUAUUUAAGAGGCUUUUUCUAUUCAGUGUUUUCUUGUUGAUGAAUAAAUUAUUUCUGGACAACA